AUGGCUGAAAUAGGUUUCUCUCAGGCAUGUCAGCUUGGAAUUCACAAAGCUAAUCCCACUAAUACUUCCAAUGUGGGAAGUGCUGUAGGAGCUUUGGCUAAAAAGAUCCACCAGGCUGAAAAGGCUUGCAAGGGUGUCCUAGCUCCCACUCCACAAAGCACAAAGGCAUUCAUUGCAGCAAGUUUGAGUGUAUUGACCUCUGAGGGCUGCCCCUUCUCUCCUAGCCCUGUGGCUGCAUCAUGUCUGCUGGGCACAGCAGCCGACUUUGAGCAAUAUGGAACCAAUGGGGCAGGGAAGCAAAGUGGCAGCUCCCAGUUAGCCAGGAAAAACCAAUGUGUGUCUGGUGUCACUGUGCAACUGGAAAUGAGGAGCCUUUGGGAGGAGUUCAACAGCCUUGGCACCGAGAUGAUUGUCACCAAGGCAGGACGGAGGAUGUUUCCCACCUUCCAGGUGAAGAUAUCAGGCAUGGACCCAUUGGCUGACUAUGUGCUUCUAAUGGAUUUUGUCCCUUUGGAUGACAAGAGAUAUCGGUAUGCAUUCCACAGUUCUGCUUGGCUGGUAGCUGGCAAGGCGGAUCCUGCUACACCCGGCCGGGUUCACUUCCAUCCUGACUCCCCUGCCAAGGGAGGCCAGUGGAUGAGGCAAAUUGUCUCUUUUGACAAGCUCAAGCUCACCAACAACUUGAUGGAUGACAACGGCCAUAUCAUUCUGAACUCCAUGCACAGAUACCAGCCCCGUUUCCAUGUGGUGGUGGUGGACCCACGUCCAGACAGUGAACGUUAUGCCCAGGAGAAUUUCAAAUCUUUCAUCUUUACAGAGACUCAAUUUAUGGCAGUGACCGCCUAUCAGAACCAUCGGAUCACCCAGCUGAAAAUUGCUAGUAACCCUUUUGCUAAAGGUUUCCGGGAGUGUGAGCCGGAUGACUGGUAA